AUGAGAAAACCCCAACGGCAGUCUUCAACCAAGUACAUGACUUCUGUGCAUCAUGAACUGGGGAAUCUGGACAGCACAUUAUGUAAUCAUAUAUUUUUACCACCAACAACCAUGAACUCUUCGGAGCGAAUGGCGUCUUUACUCGCGGACUCCCUCGAGAAUUUCUUGAAGCGCAGGGGAAAUAUUCUAGAAGAAGCGCGAACACAUCUAGAGUGGUCUUGGGGGCUUGACUAUCGAGAUCUUGAGCAGCACUUGGAACAAUUCUCAAACGAAACACUGGCAGAGCGGCUCCUGACCGACGAGCGAGUCAUCGUGAUCCCCCAUAUUCAUGACCUGCACCAUCUGUCCUUCCGGGACUUUAAAAGAAAGCGAGCCUUUGUGCGCCUACGACCUAUACUAGAGGCCUAUUCUGGCGACCAAACUUUCAGCUACUUUGUUUUGCCGUUGGACUCGACCGACUCCAUUCUACCCCAUCGCCUCGAACUCGCUACUCCUCCUCAUAUUGUCCUAAUUCGAACGGGCGCCAAACUGAUGCGUGCCUAUGGCGACGAACCGGUGGGUGACGACCUGCUGGGCCAACAGCUUGUCGCAAGAGUCCGGAAAGCAUCGGAGACUCGGAAAGACCGUCGAUUUGGGUUUGGCCCAUUACAACUCAGCAUUAUUCUGCGCCUGUACUCAACUUGGACAUACGUGGACCCUGUCCCGCCGGGGUUCAAAGCGGGGCUUGUCGAUUAUGCGCAAGUCGACAAGAAGGUCAUCCAAACUCCGUAUUCCCCUCAAUAUUCGCCAGCACAUGUCGCUAAAUACGAUCCCGAACCCCAGCGGCGGGUCACUGCCCGUGAACUGAGACAAGAUUUCAAUGCCAAGAAAGAACCACUGGCAGAUGCGGACGAUUCUGGUUCAGAAAUCGAGGAUGACUCGAACCCCGCUUGGGCAAAAGACGUUCAACAGUGGGCUCAAGUAGUCUCGCAAACAGCGGAGCGCGAUGAGAGGAUACUCAUCAACGAUAUCACGCCCGACAACAGGCUUGAAGGAUCAAGGACAAUCGCGAGUGUUGAUUUGGCAAGGCCAGACUACCGCGUGCGCUUCAGGCGUCGCUCUAUGGGCCCUUGA